AUGGAUAAGGAAGGGCCGGAGGGCGAGGCGGGGAAGGCACCCUCCGACGGACUGCUCGAUGCCGCUAAUCUAUUCGGUGCAUACUGGGGUCGCGAUGGCGCAGGCGGCGGUGGCGCGGCGGCUGCCCAGGCGCAGGCCCAAGCCCAAGCGGCACUCUUCGGGUUCGGUUCCAGAUACCCGCCCCCCACCACUUUGGGGGUCGCUGCCAACCAAGCUGCCUCCCUUGGCCUACACCCCGCUGCCAGUAAGUACAAUGGUGCAGCAUGGUGGUCGAUGGCGUCCCACCUGGCGGCGCAGGACUACCUGGCGAGGCUACAGGCCUCAGGCCUGAACUUCCCUCCUCUCGCAGAUCCUUACGCUGCCCUCUCAGCCCUCUCAGGCAGUGGGGGCUUGAAACAGCCACAAAAACCUGGGAAAUUGUCUAGUCGGAAUGAGAGGUCAGGCAGAAGCAGUACAUCAUCCAGCGCGUCCACAAAGGACAAGAGUCCAUCCACGGGCAGCGCCAACUCACAGAGCAUGAGUGAGUGGGGAUCAUCAUACGGUCUUCCGAAAACAUCAUCACCAUCAGCGAUGCAUCAUUCCCAGUCACUGUCUAGCCUGGCCUCGUUGAACAGCCUCGUGGCUGCUCCUCAUCAGAGCAAGCCUAGCAACAAACCGCCUUCUACUCCUCAACCUUCCAAGAAGCCAUCAUCCUCGUCAUCGUCAUCGAAGGGCAAGGAGCGUGAGCUGGCCCUCCUCCGCGGCGACCUCAUGCUGGCGCAGGCCGCCGCGCAUGGAGCAUACCAUGCUGCCGUCGCUGCAGCUGCUAAGGGGAAGAACAUGUCACCUCUAUACCCGUUCGGCAUGCCGGGCGCGGACAAAGAUGGCCGCCACGCCGGCAUCGACUCCCUCACUGGCCUACCACACACUAUACUUAGUGAUCCAUCUUCAGUGCUGGGCGGUGUCCGACUGCCUCCUGACACUGAGAUUAUCAAGUACACCUCCUCACUGGCUGGGCCUAAGGCGGGUGCUGGCACGACGACCCGUGGUCGUAAGAAGACGAUAUCCCUCGACCCGCCGCACGUCAGUGUACACCCCGCCGACAGAAACGCACCGCUACCUAGCAAACGGCCUAAACUUGACGAGUACGGUAACUCCCGGUCGUCAGUGGAAGUGAUCCGGUUACCGACCAAGCCGGACCGUGCCGGACACAACUCACUGUCCGGUACGCCACCGCCUAACCUAUCCGAUUAUGCAGGUAUAUCUCGUGAGCUCCUGCAAACUAUAGCUAGUCAGAGUGGAGUGAGCCUGGCUGCGCUGGAGAGACAGCUGGCCGGCUCUGCAGAGGCUGGUUUGAACCUAAGCACAAAGAUGGGAGAUGAUUCUCCCCUGGACCUGGGCGUCAAGUCCUCCGUCGUGGAUGAGGACGCUCCUCUCAACCUCUCCUUGAAACCAACUCCUGCGAGUUCCCAAGCAUCGGACGCUUUGUCGCGACUGACGUCAUUAAGCAGCUCUCUCAACGCAUCGUCCAGUCACGAUAGGAUAUCCCGACGCAAGCCGGGCGCUAAGCCUCGUCGCGUCGCUCCAGAAUUGAACCCAGUACCCGACGCACCGCGGCCUAAAUCCAGUGGAAGCGAGGACAGUGAAUUUGCGGGCUGGGCAGGGCGCGAGGGUCGGCCCAGGAACCUGGGACGUGGCGUCAGCAAGCCCAAGAAGAACACGGUCGCCUCCCUCCUGGCGCAGAGCAGGGCGCUCGGCCUCCGACCUGCGCUCGCGCACCAGUUGCUGGCUGAGACUGAUUUGGAAAAACUAAAAGCGCUUUUAGGCGAGACGGCGAGUACAGACUCGGAGUGUCCGUCGGACAGCUGUCCGUCCGACUCGGACGCGUCCGACACCAGUCGGAGACCCAACGACGCACAGCUACGAUUGCCUUUGGCUUUAGGUUGGAAGCGUGUGACAGUGAUAAAGGGUCUGUCCCGUAACUGCAGCAUCAAGGGUGACGUCACGUACUCCCCCCCGGACCCUCACGCGGGGAUCACCAUGCGCUCGCUACAUGAUAUACAGAAUUUCCUAGACUCGAACCCAUGUCCGCCGCUAUCGACGGACAACUUCAGUUUCUCAGCGCGCACCGUGCUCGGGGAGUACAUACAGCCCGCCAGCGAGGUCGGGGAGCCAUUGAUAUACAACGAGAAUGAAAUUAAUAAGAGACUGGAAGAAGCCCGCCUCCUGUCCGGGGCAGGCGGGCGGCCGACCCCGCCGCCACUGGACCGACGCAUGGAACUCGCGCGGUUACAACAGGCCGCCAGGGAUGCUCGGAGGGAUGCCUCCAAUCGGUCUAGGGACCAGGCGCGCCUAGAAAGAUCAGAGAAGGCGGAAUUAGCAAAACGUGAGAAGGAAGCGAGGAGUCAACAGUUACUGGAGGCUAAGAGAAGAAAACACGAGGAGAUAGAGAAGCAGAAGAUCGAAGAACAAGCUAAACGGCAACAGGAAAGAGAAUUAAAGCGGCAACAGGCCAUACUGCUUAAAGAACAGGAAAGAGAACGCAGGCGACAGCAUACUUCAUUCAUCCGUCAGCUGGACUCCCGUAGGAGAUGGGAGGAGAGGGAGAGGAGAAAGCACCAGAACCUGCUGGACAGGCUGCUGGUGAAGGAGAGAAAGCUGCAACAGAGAAGGAGGGAAAUGGAACUGCUUUCUGAGUUGAGGCGGCCCCAAGAAGACUCCUCACUAUCCGACCAGAAGCCGCUCCCGACACUACAUCGUAUACCCGGCCUGAAGCUCCCCGCGCAGGCCAUGGCGGACUUACUACAGGCCUACGAGUUCUUAUACAACUUCGGAGAGGCACUCGGAUUUGACAUGGACACCAUGCCGACACUGAACACGCUACAAAUGGGUAUCCUCGGCGACUGCAGCGAGGAGACCGAGGAAGAAUUCAUUCAAGUUGUGUCACAACUACUCAUCGUUGCCGUGGAGGACCCGGGUGUCCCACACCCAGGUAGACACACGACGUUACUAGGCCACGCUAUACGUAUGAGCGAGGUCACACACCAGAACUUUAGCGAAAUACUCCGGAUAUAUCUAUACGCCAACGCUACUGGAGAAGUCAAGGCUUUGACAGGCUUAACAGCAGAGCGAGAAAGAGAGCGCCGUGUAGCCGACCACCAUCAGACGGAGGCGGAGAUGCAGCAUACUUGCGCUAACUCCAAGAACUCCGCCUACUAUGAGCAUCUACACAAUAAUCCUACUUACAAACUGUCCGAGGAAUUACGCGACAAAUCGUACGCAGCGUUAAGCGUGAGCACUAAAGCGCGCAUAUUCGCCUACAUAUGCGACGAGCUGCUCCAGAAUAAGAAGGUGCUGAGUAAGAUAGACUCGUCGUUGGAACAUCUCACACAACUGCGGAAAGAACGAUACCUUAUGGAUAUGAAAAUACGGAAGGUCCGCGUCCUUCAAGCCCGCAAGGCGCGCGCGGAGCAGGCAGAGAGGUCGCAGGCACUCGCACUCGAGCGGAUGCAGAGACUGGUCGAUGACUCCACCAGGACCAAUACUCCGCCGCUACAUGAUGAUGAAAAUCAACAAACUUCAGAAAAGGAAGAAACACCGAAAAAGGACAAAGAAUCCUCUCCACACCCAGAGAGCGAGACAGACAAACAAUCCGAACCAUCUCCCUAUAAAGAACCACCCCCUAUUGAGGAGAGUGACAAGGAAUUGUCGCCCUUAAAGGACCUCUCCAACAGUAUGAAGAACAAAGAGAUAAUGAAUAACAAUAAGGACGAAUGUUCCCCGGCCGAUAACUCGAAGAUGGACAAGGAUAGUAUGAUUGGGGAUUGUGAUGCUAAUUUGAGUGAUUUGGAGAGUGAAGGCACGCAGCCUGAAGAGGAUGAAGACAAGAACCUAUCGUCUGAGGAACUAGCUCGCAAGCUGGACAAGCUACUGAAGCAGUCCGAGCAACAACAGCUACAGCUCACUGCAGCUUCACACGCGCUCCGAGCUACCUGCUACGGGCAGGACAGAUACUGGCGUCGCUACUGGUCGUUGGGUCAGUGCGGCGGUAUAUUCGUGGAGGGCAUGGAGUCUGCCCAGCCUGAGAUCAUGGCGUACCACCAACAGUUGGAGACCAACGCACUCACUGGGAACACAACCACUGAUGGGAACAAGAAGAAGAAGAAAGGUCCUCGAGAAAAGAAAGAAUCACCAUCUUCUGAAUCAGAGAAGCGAGACCCAGAGACAGAAGCGCAGAAGAAGGAAGAAGCUCUCAAGAGUGAGAUGGAACUGAAGAGCAUCAAAUCCGAAUUGAACCUGAGUGAUCACACACAGAUUAUUAAAUAUGAGCCGAAUGUCAAACAUGGUGCUUGUAAAGUUGAAGGCUCAUCAAUAAAAAUGGAAGAAAAAUACAUUCAACAGAAGAAUAACGACGAACAAGAUAUGUUGGAUAUAGAAGAUUCCAUCCCAACAGCGUUUUUAGUGCAAAAACCCACCCACAAACCAAUGUUCGCCACCCAAGCCGAACAAAUGGAUAAACCACAAGAAAUCGUCAAAGUAGAGAACGUAGUCAAAAAUGAGAAUGAGAAUGAGAACGCAGAAGAAUCCAAAGACUCUUUAGUAAACAACUUAGAAGAAUUGAGAAAGAUGGCCGAAGCUGUAUCUAUACAACUCGACGCUGCGAAGAAAGAACAAGAGAUAAAAGAAGAAAAAGAAAAAGUCAAGAAAGAGACCCAUGAUCCUUCUACAGCACAUAUACAAUUAUACUCGAAGAUGCUAGAUGGAAAAUGGUUCUCAAUCCUCAGACAUGAGAGUUCAUUUUUGAACAACAUAAAUGACGAAAAGCAGGACUUGCCAGAGUUCUGUGACAAUGAGCAUACAUGUUCCGAAAUAAUUCUAUGUCAAGGUCAUAAGUGGGAUGUAUCAAAUAACUUGCAUUUGUUGAACGACCCGAGUCUAUUUACUUUGAACAGUAUGGUGACCAGUGUCCAAGUACCAGCGAAUAAUAUUUAUACGGAUUCUAGUUUGACAAUGUCUGGUUUAGACCAGGAUAUGAUUGACAAUAGCUUUAACAAAGAUGGCAGCGUGCAAGAGACCGAAAUUGAAGAGGAUAGCAAGGAACAGGACAACGACUUAGAAAAAGAAUUACAAGCAGAUGCUUUAAAGCAGGACCUUUUAACUCAGAAGGCUAAAGCCAACAGCCUGAAUAGUCUCGGUCUUCUGAACUUCAACGCGUUAUCCACAUACGUAACUUGUGAUAGUCCGCCGCCCAUACAAAUGUCUGCUGAAGAAUUAGACCAGUUGGAAUACUGUAAAGUCCAUGGGCUACCCAAGAAAAUUGAGGGGAAUUAUGUACCCAGGGAAUUGAGAUACGGCUGGUGGCGUAUCACCGAACCAGACCAGCUUCGUGAUCUAAUGGACGCUCUGCAUCCUCGAGGAGUCAGGGAACGAGAGCUACAUGCAGCGCUCUCGUCACAUCUACCUGUCGUUAACAAUACGCCAUACCUAGACAAGGGCGACCUAACAGCCACAGAGCUGACCCUGUCCCAUCUAGACAGAGUUAUAGCAAUGAACGGUGGGUUCGCGACAGACACAGACUUCUCACCGAUCAUACAACGCAGGAUAGACAUGCAAUUGCUUAAUAUGGUGGAAGAGCUAGAAGAGCGAGUAGCAGCGGCAUCAAUGCAGGUAAAGGGUUGGAGACCAGGUCGCGCUGGCUCUGACGGAGCUCCGACAGAACCUGUUCCACGCGCCAAGCACAAGUUGCAGGCCCUAGAAGCUCAUAUAGAGCGGAGGUACCUGAAGCCCCCGUUCGUCCAAAGUACAACGGAGGCGACAAUAGGCGCUGUGUUGCAAGCUGAGCAUGGCAACGCGUCUGCACCGUCGCCGCAGAAUACUGAUGGAGCUAGCGAGGGCAAAGUGGACAACAAAGGCAUAGCACGUGGUCUAGCGAACUGGCGCGAAGCUCUAAGCAGAUGCAGUACAUCAUCACAACUGGCCAUGAUGCUGCAGGCUCUGGAAGCAGCCAUAGCCUGGGACAAGAGCAUCAUGAAGGCGAACUGUCAGUUCUGCCAGUCCGGAGACAAUGAGGACCAGCUACUCCUGUGUGAUGGCUGUGACAAAGGAUACCAUACGUACUGCUUCAAACCGAGCAUGGACGAAAUACCUGAUGGAGACUGGUACUGCUGGGAGUGCAUCAACAAGGCGCGCGGGCAGCGCGUGUGCAUCGUGUGCGGCGGCGCGCAGUCCGCGGCGCGCACCAUCCCCUGCGCGCUCUGUGCGCGCGCCUACCACCAGGACUGUCACUACCCGCCACUACUCAAGAAUCCCCGCGGUAAAUGGUAUUGUUCGCAGUGUAUAUCCAAGGCCCCGCCGAAGAAACCGCGCAACACGAAGAAGCGUGACGCCAAGCAUAGAGACCUCAACACUAGUCUAGAUAUAGACCAGAAUAUGGUACCUAGUCCGGCGGCGUCUCACGCGUCGACAUCUACAACGGCGGAGGAAUGUUCCGGCAGCGCGCUACACACGCCGGAGAAACACGAAGACAAGCUGGACGAUACCUUGCAGGAUAACGAGAAUGGAAUCAACCACGCUGGCGAGCUGAGUUCCGAGGAGGGUCCCCCGGAGAAGCGUCGCGCGGUGCACUACGUCGGCGGGAACGGGGCGCUGCAACACGACGACACUGACGCGCAUAUUGACGGAGAAGACCGAGACACGGAGAAUGUACCACUAAUGUCUCGCGCCAAGAAAGAGAAGAAUUCAGCAAAGAAACUACUGAAAGAUCUACAGUUCUGCAAGAACCUCCUCUGUGAGAUGGAGUGCCACGAGCACGCGUGGCCGUUCCUCCUGCCAGUCAACACGAAGCAGUUCCCGCAGUACAAGAAGGUCAUCAAGUGCCCCAUGGACCUCUCCACUAUCAAGAAGAAACUGCAGGAUAAUACCUACAAAUGUAAAGAAGAAUUUGCAUCAGACGUGCGCCUAAUGUUCAGCAAUUGUGAAGUUUUCAACGAAGACGACAGCCCAGUGGGCAGGGCUGGGCACAAUAUGAGACAGUUCUUUGACGACCGCUGGGCACAAAUCUGA